CCCCCGCGCGCUGGCGGCUCGCAGAGGCUGCGCCAUGUUGCGUCGCUAUGCUGUCGCUUUUGCGGCAGAGGUGAGCGAAGCCUUCGGGCGGCGGAGUAAAAAGUGGGCAACGUCGCAGUAAGAAGACGCGAAGGGACGGAGCGAUUUCCCCUCUUCACCGUCUCGCCCUGUUGCCGCGAACGAUCGGCGCCGGACUAAGAUGAGCGGUGUCAGCCCGUAACGGCCGCUCGCCAGCCCGGACGCCCGUCCGCUGGCCUUCCCCGGCGCGGAUUACCCUCAGCUGCGGUCCGGGAGGCGCCGCAUUCAGUGUGUGAGAGUGUGGUUGUGUGCAUGUAUGUACGGUUGUGGGGAAGUGUGUGAGGGUGUGUGCGGGUGUCUGCGUGCGGCCUCAGAAAAAGGAAGAUGAUGAAGAUCAUGAUGAUGAUGAUGACGAAGAUGAAGCUUCGGUGGGGCUGCAGCGGGUGAUCUGAACUGCAUUUUUUGUCCUUUGCCCCAUUCCUGUUAUUUUUUUUCUUUUUUAAAUAACAUUUCGUUCCCUGAAACCUGGACCCUGUCAGAGCUGUUGAUGAAGACCCCGUGUGGACCGUAAUGAGCGCACGCCUCCGCUUGCCGGCUGGCAGAUCCUACAAUGUCCGGGCGUCGGAGCUGGCACGAGACCGGCAGCAUGCGGAGGUGCUCUGUAACGUCCUUCUCCUGGAUAACACCGUCCAAGCCUUCAAAGUUAAUAAGCACGAGCGAGGACAGGCCCUACUGGAUGUAGUCUUCAAGCAUCUGGAGCUCACCGAGCGGGACUAUUUUGGGCUACAGCUGGCGGACGAGUCCUCAGACAGUCCGAGGUGGCUCGACACUAACAAACUCAUCCGGAAGCAGUUAAAGAGAGGAUCACCUCACAGUUUGAACUUCAGGGUCAAGUUUUUUGUGAGCGACCCGAACAAACUUCAGGAGGAGUACACCAGGUACCAGUAUUUUCUGCAGCUGAAACAGGACAUCUUCAGUGGAAGGCUCCCCUGUCCGUAUAGCACUGCCACCCUGCUGGCCUCCCUUGCCGUUCAGUCUGAGCUGGGAGACUACAGCCCGGAGGAGCACCUGCCCGGUUACCUGGCUGAAUAUCGCUUCAUCCCCGGCCAGCCAGUAGACUUCGAGAAGGAGGUGGUGAAGCAUCACCAGCAGCACACAGGCCUGUCUCCCGCCCAAGCAGAAUUCAGCUACCUUAAUACGGCCCGAACAUUGGAGCUCUACGGCGUGGAACUGCACUAUGCAAGGGAUCAAAGCAACACCGAGAUUUUAAUUGGGGUCAUGUCAGCAGGAGUGGUCAUUUACAAGAACAGGGUACGAAUCAACUGCUUUGUAUGGCUGAAGAUUGUAAAAAUAUCUUUUAAAUGUAAACAAUUUUUUAUUCAACUCCGGAGAGAAUUGCACGAGACGAGGGAGAAGCUUCUGGGCUUCAACAUGGUCAGCUACCGGGCCUGCAAGACGCUGUGGAAGGCCUGUGUGGAGUACCACACCUUCUUCCGGCUGGAGCGGCCUGCCUCGCCACACAGGGGCUUCUUCAGCCUCUACUUCACCCUGGGCUCCAAGUUCCGCUACAGUGGCAGAACCGAGGUGCAGUCGGUGCAGUAUGGCAAGGAGAAGGCUGUCAAAGAUCGUGUGUUUGCCAGGUCUCCCAGUAAACCGCUGGUCAAGAAGCUGCUGAGCGGCAUGGACUGGGAAACGGUCAGCCGGAACUCCCUGUCUGAGGAGCGGCUGGAGACCCGGAGUCUGCCCACCCGCUCCCCGCCUGGGACGCCCGACCAGAGUUCCCCGUACGCGCAGACGGGGAUCCGCCCACGGCCGUCAUCCAUCGGACACCUGGUUGAUCACAUGAUCCAUGAGUCGCCAAGCGAUGUCUUCGCCAACCACAAGUCAGCCUCCUCCACCCAGGCGGACAGCAUCAGCCUGGACUCCUCUUCAUCCCCCGACGCCAUGUUGGACGGGCAGCCCCCGGCCCUGCCUCCGAAACAGUCCAGGCGGAGCCUUUACACCCAGAGCAGCCAGUCCCAGUCGCAGCAGGAGCUGGACAACCACGUCGGCGAGAUGUACGACAUCCCUGUGACGGGGGAGAAGGCCAUGUUGAACGGUGCCGUCCCCCACGACAACUUGGUCCUGAUCAAGAUGAGGCCAGAUGAUAAUGGAAGAUUUGGCUUCAACGUCAAGGGUGGCUCUGACCAGAAGAUGCCUGUGAUCGUGUCCCGUGUGGCCCCUGGAACGCCGGCUGAUCUCUGUGUGCCCCGCCUGAACGAGGGUGACCAGGUUGUGAUGAUCAAUGGCCGGGACAUCUCGGAGCAUACGCAUGACCAGGUGGUCAUCUUCAUUAAGGCCAGCUGUGAGAGCCACUCCGGAGAGCUCAUGCUGCUGGUGCGACCCAAUGCCGUGUACGACGUGGUGGAGGAGAAGCUGGAUGCAGAGCCGGACUUCCAGUACAUCCCGGAGAAGUGUGCACAGGACUCCACGUUGCUGGACGGGGAAGCUUGGAGGGAGUCCAUGCAACAGCUCAAGGAUGGACUCAGCAGCGGCACUGUGCUGGCCCAGUUUGAGCAGUUAUAUCGGAAGAGACCUGGAAUGACUAUGUCUUGUGCCAAAUUACCUCAGAACAUUUCCAAAAACAGAUACAGAGACAUCUCGCCCUAUGAUGCCACGCGGGUCAUCCUGAGGGGCCUGGAUGACUACAUCAAUGCCAACUACAUCAAUAUGGAGAUCCCAGGCUCCAGCCUCAUAAACCGAUACAUUGCCUGCCAGGGGCCCCUGCCAAACACUUGUCCGGACUUCUGGCAGAUGGCGUGGGAGCAGGGUUCCUCCAUGGUGGUCAUGCUCACCACACAGGUGGAGCGGGGUCGGGUGAAGUGUCAUCAAUACUGGCCGGACUCGGGGGACAACGCCACCUACGGCGGCUUCCAGGUGGCCUGUCUCAGCGAGGAGGGCAAUGCCGCCUUCCUGAUCAGAGACAUGGUCCUCACUUGCCUGGAGAGCAGCGAGAACCGGCAGCUGACCCAGAUCCAGUACGUGGCCUGGCCUGACCAUGGUGUCCCCGACGACUCCACUGACUUCCUGGACUUCGUGAACUUGGUGCGGAAUAAGAGGGCAGGCAGGGACGAGCCGGUGGUGGUCCACUGCAGUGCCGGGAUUGGUCGGACCGGGGUUCUCAUCACCAUGGAAACAGCAAUGUGCCUGAUGGAAUACAGUCAGCCUGUGUAUCCGUUAGACAUCGUGAGAACAAUGAGGGAUCAGAGGGCCAUGAUGAUUCAGACCCCGAGCCAAUACCGCUUUGUGUGUGAGGCCAUCCUGAAGGUGUACGAGGAGGGUCUGGUCAAGCCACUGAAGUCUGUGUGAAUGAGGACGGGGCGGUCCAGCCGUCGCGAGGCCCUGGAACCGCAGCUGGCGCCCCAGCCUACGCAAACGGAAACUUCCAGGAUGCAGUCACACCCGCCCGUUCUCUAUCCCAGGCUCCCUGUCACUCGUGAGAUGUUCCUGGGGUGCCCGGCAGGACACCUCAGAGCUGACACUUUGGAGAAAACUUAGCACUCUUGCACUUUAUGUGGACAAAAAAAAAACACAAGAAUCAUUCAGAAACAUCCAGUCAUAGUCAUGGGACAAAGAACUACUGCUUGGGGCGAAAGGAAACAUGAUGGUGAUGGUGGUGAUGAUGAUGGAGGUCCAUAGUGCCAUUAUUAGAGGCAGGAUAAACAUCUGUAAUCCCUGUGGGCUGCCCCCAGGUAAUGCUCGCCUUUUCAGCCUUUUGUUUUGUUCACCGUCUGUCUUCUGCCAGAGUCUUAGCAAUGUGCAGAAGCACCGCCCACCAGUUAGGGGUGUGGCCUCCCUAGGACACCUACGGUUUUUGAUUGCACAUCUGAACAGCUGCUGAUGCAGGGGGUGUCCUGUGAGCGAAUGGUCAGCGCAGGCAGCUCCUGGGAGGUAGCUUGGGGCUUGAAGCUGUGCUGUUUUUCUCCUUAAGCCGUAGCUGGUGCUCUCUGUCUUUGCCACAUCUACUGAUUUUUAUUUAUUAUAAUAAUUUUUUUUUUUUUUUUAUCUGGCGGCCUCCCACAUUUAUGUCUGCGAGGCUGAUUUUAGUGCUAAAUUCUGGUCUGUCGGGAAGCCUAAUUCUAAGUGAAUUCAUGUCAAAUUUAAGGUAUUUCUCAGUUUUCUUUAAAGAUUUUUUUUUUUUAAAUCUUGGAAGAAUGGGGGUGUGUGGAAGUCCCCAUUCGUGGUCUUCUUCCUCAGUCGUUAAAAGGAAUGAAUGCAGUUGGUUUUGUGGGAAUGUAGGUAUAAAUGACACUGCAUUUGUAGCCUGCUCACUGGCCUUCAGCAGUGCAGUACUCUCAACAAAGCAAAAGCGUUUUUAUUUCUUUGUUUUAAAUAGAUCGAUGGUAACGUGGACAGGGGCUCUAACCACAACUGGCUGAAAUGUUUCUGUAAACUGAAAUGCUGCAGUUUGCAUGUAGCCCCCUUGGUGGUGCUGUGAGCAUCCCUGUCUCUGUGGAGUCCUCUAAGGCAGUCUUGAAAAUGCACGAGAGGCUUUGUGGCCUCUGCAGAGUCAGAAACACCCCCAUCCCGCCUUUCCCAGCAUGCUGUGCUUGUGUUCAAUACGUGCACGGUACUCUGGGCUCAGUGCCAAACACAUGAUACUACACCGCCCCCUCCGCUUUGAGAAGUGUAUACUCCCAGAAACCAAACCACAGCAGUGCUGGCAGCAGGAGGUGGUGGUGGGGGGGGGGGGCCUGGCAGGUGCCCCCCUCAGUGCUGCUGAUGCCCCGAGGCUGGUCCCCAUGGUGGGGGAAUUUGGGCAGGGCUGCACACGCCAGUGUCCUUCAUGCUUCAGGACCAGCGGUGUUCAUCGUGAAUGUUCAGCGACGUGCUUGUUGGCUUGUUACACGAUAGCAAAAGCUAUAUAUUUGUUAUGGGGUUUUGUUAAAAAAGAUAUUUUAUAAGACGAAUACUCUUUGGGAAUGGACAGCACUUUGCAGCUGACUGUGUGGCCUACAGUGCCACUCAGAUCCUGUCUGGGGAACGAUGACAUUGAACUCUUAUUUAUCGCUAAUAUUUGCUGGGGGGCCAGGUAGGGUAAAAUCGGAAGCAGGCCAUGCCAUUUAUUUUUGUGUACAUAAAUUAGAUUGUGUAAAUACAUUGUUUGUUGUAUAUUAAAAAUCUUUAAAAUAAAAGGACAUCUUGUGUGAGUUUAAA